ACCCAACAACCCUAUGUAUGUCACGACUCACACCCAACCACCCUAUGUAUCUCUCUUAAAGUAUCCCGUAAAAAAACAAAUGAUCAUAAUAGUUUGAAUGACAAUGAGGGUCUCUUCUCCUCGUUUGUUAUUUUUCAUCAUAUUACCAUUCCUGACAGUUGCAGUUGCAGACCAAGGAUUAGGAAUAGUAGCAGAAAGGAGGUGUUCGAAGAAGGAACCACCGAUUAGAUUCCCUUUCCGAUUCAAACAAACACAAACCCAACCCAAUUACCCAAUCGGUUUCGACAUUUCCUGCACAUCUCGUAACGGUACGAUACUGUUGCUUCCGACCAUUACAGGAGCCGAGCUAUACGUAAGAGGCAUAAACUAUGUUUCACAAGAAAUCCAAAUAUACUACGACUCGCAUCAAUGCCUUCCGGCACUACUGCUUUCGGAAAACAACAGCAGCAGUCGACCGUUUAAAUUUCCUUUCCAAUUCAGAUAUGAUCGUCGCAACGAUUACGCAAGCCACAGUCUCCUCGAUUGCUCUUCAGCCCCUGAUUUAGAAGACCGGUUUUGCAGAGUUAAGUUGGUUCCUUCUAAAUUUAAUAUUGAGAUGGUACUUUUCGAGCGUUGUGCCAAGAUGUACGACACUGCAACAAUUCCAGACGACAUAUAUAAGGUGUCAAUUUCUGGGAAUGAUCGAAGUUAUGUUACGCUGACAUGGUCUGAACCAGAUUGUAGAGCUUGCGAAGCAAAUCGCAAGGGUUGCAGACUGAAAAAUCAUAGUGGUGACCAAGUUGAAUGUUUCGAUCUACCCCUACAAAAAAAAGGAGCAACAAAGUUUGUGCAAAUUGUCAGAAGUACUCUAUUUAUUGUCUUAGCCAUAUCAGUUUUUUGUUCAAUAGUUUUAGCUGUAUUGUUUUAUCUGUACACUACACACAAAGAUGAUAAAGAACAUCAACAAAGAAUUGAAACAUUUUUAGAGGAUUAUAUUGCCCUGAAGCCAUCGAGAUAUACUUAUUCUGACAUAAAGAGGAUUACAAAUCACUUAAAGGAUAAGUUGGGUGAAGGAGCCUAUGGAACUGUGUUCAAAGGAAAGCUUUCUAGUGAAAUCAUGGUCGCUGUAAAGAUCCUAAACAAUUCAAAGGGGAAUGGAGAAGAGUUCUUGAAUGAAGUGGCUACUAUUGGUCAAAUUCACCAUGUGAAUGUGGUUCGCUUGGUGGGAUAUUGUGCUGAAGGAUUUAAAAGAGCUCUUGUUUAUGAAUUCUUACCAAAUGGUUCACUCAAUAACUACAUCACCUUAGAAGCCAGCGGUGGACACUGUUCGUUGAGUUGGGAGACAUUGCAAGACAUUGCCAUAGGAGUUGCCAAGGGAAUUGAGUAUCUCCACCAAGGUUGUGAUCAACGAAUCCUUCAUUUUGAUAUCAAACCUCAUAAUGUUUUGUUGGACCACAACUUCAAACCCAAAAUUUCUGAUUUUGGUUUAGCAAAGUUAUGCUCUAAGGAUCAAAGUUUAGUAUCAAUGACUACUGUUAGAGGAACUAUUGGGUACAUGGCACCAGAAGUAUUCUCUAAGAACUUUGGCAAUGUGUCCUACAAGUCAGAUGUUUACAGUUUUGGAAUGUUGUUGUUGGAAAUAGUAGGAGGUCGGAAAAAUACCACUGAAACAAAUGAAAUUUAUUAUCCUGAAUGGAUAUAUAAUCACUUAGAAGAAGGAGAAGAUCUCAGAAUACAAAUUGAAGAAGUGGGAGACAACAAAAUUGCUAGCAAACUUGCAAUUGUAGGACUUUGGUGCAUCCAAUGGCACCCAGUGGGACGUCCUAUGAUGAAAGAUGUGGUCCAAAUGUUAGAAGGUGUAAAAGUUCUCAACAUGCCACCGAAUCCUUUUGUCACAACAGGUCAAGUAAAACAAAUGCAAAGAUGCCACCAAGGCUAAUGAUUCCAGAUUUAGAAGCAAUUCUCGAAUGAGUAUGUACAAUACUUAUGUUAUAGUUUCGUUGCAUUUUUGUUGUUAGUUUGGUACUGUAUAGCAAAUUAAGGAUUAUGUAAAUAAAUAAGCACUAAUGAAUAUCUUAUCAUGGUAUUGUGUUGAUAUGUUGCUUAGUGAAUCAAUUAAUUGAACAUGAAGAUUUAACAUUUGCGGUUGGA